AUGCUCAGGAGCUUCUGUCUUCAGCUGAUGUCCUUGAUUUGGAUCCUCUUGGCCCAUCACCAGCUUGCCCAAGGUGAUGACUGCAGCGAGCGCUGUAAUCUCGCCCACGGCUGCUGUGACCAGGAUGGGAAGUGCAGGUGUGAUCCAGGCUGGGAGGGCGAGUACUGCGAGGAUUGCGUGCGUAUGCCAGGGUGUCUCCACGGGACGUGCCACCAGCCUUGGCAGUGCAUCUGUCACACCGGCUGGGCCGGCAAGUUCUGUGACAAAGACAUACACAUCUGUGAACACCAGUCCCCAUGCCAGAAUGGGGCUCAGUGCAUCUACGACCGAGAUGGGGAAUAUUCUUGCCUGUGUCCAGAAGGCUUCCAUGGGAAGGACUGUGAGAUGAAGACGGGGCCAUGUGAGAAGGCAGGGUCUCCAUGCAAGAACGGUGGGCAGUGUCAAGAUGAAAACGGCUUUGCCAGUAACUUCACCUGCCGGUGCCUCGCUGGCUUCGUGGGGGCUUUCUGUGAGAAUGAUGUGGACGACUGCCUGAUGCGUCCCUGUGCCAACGGUGCCACCUGCCAUGACGGGAUCAACCGCUUCUCCUGCCAGUGCCAGGUGGGCUUUGAAGGGCGUUUCUGCACCAUCAACAUCAACGACUGCGCCAGCCAGCCAUGCAAAAACGGGGCAAAGUGCUACGACCGCAUCAAUGACUAUGACUGCUUGUGUCCUGACCGUUUCACUGGCAAAACCUGCGAAAUCUCCGUUCCCGAGCCCACCUGGGCUCUCCCCUACCAGUCUGUGAACAACGAGAAUGGUGGGGUGGUGAAAAGCACCACCAGUGAGAUGCCGGGGGUGACACAGCCAGAGCCUGUCAGGACCGUGGUCACGGGGCGGCGUGUGGCCAACCAUAGUGAGAAAGAGCUAGGGGGAGGGUUAUUGAAAAUCUCUGUGAAGGAGGUGGUAACCCAAAGAGACUCGGGGCUGAGCGAAGCCCAGCUGGUAACAGUGCUGGUGUUCGGGGUGCUGACAGCAGUACUGGUCCUCAUCACUGUCCUGCUAAUGCUGAGGAACUGGCAGAAGGGCCGUCAGAGGUCGAACUGGUGCCAAAGCCCUUCGCAGGCUGAAAGGAAGCUCCAAGACCAGGAGUGUCAGGUGGGCAUGCUCAACACCGUCCUGAUCGAGCCCAGGAAGACGACAGAGCUGUGA